AUGGCCAGCAGCAAGAUGAAACCCUCGGAUCCUGGAUCGCCAUUUCAUCUGGCAGGUUCGGAUAAUCCGGGAAUUUUGCUUACAACUGUAAUGCUGCGUGGAGAAGCCAACUAUGAGAAUUGGGCAAAGCUCAUGAAAAACGCACUAAGAGCGAAAAAUAAGUUAGGUUUCGUUACUGGAACCGUAAAGAAACCAGAGGAAGAUGACGGGGAAGAAUGGCGAGCGUGGGAGAUGUGCAAUUCGAUGAUCAAUGGUUGGAUACAUAAUACCAUUGAUGCGAAAUUGCAGCCAUUCAUCAAAUGUUUUGAUGAAGUAAAAGAUUUGUGGGAUGAUUUGAAGGAGAGAUAUGCCGUGGAAAAUUCUCCACGUCAAUAUCAACUCAAGACCAGUUUAGCUAAUAUAAAACAACUUGGAAAUAGUGUGGGUGAAUACUAUACCAAGUUAAGAGCUGUGUGGGACGAACUUGAAGGGAGUAAAACCCGCAAGACGUGUGACUGUGGAGACAAGUGUGCUUACGCAAAGGAGAUCGAAGAAGAGAAGGAACAUGACCGUGUUUAUCAAUUUCUCAUGGGACUUGAUGAGGCUGUCUUUGGCAAUUUAAGUUCACAGAUUUUGAACACCUCACCUUUGCCAAAUGUCAACAAAGUGUAUGCAAUUGUUACGCAAGAAGAAACUCAUCGUAACAUUGCCCGCCAUCAGGAAGAACGAGAAAAUGUGGUAGGAUAUGUAGCUCAGGUUGGAUUGAAAGACAAGAUGGAAAGUCAUGAUCAGCACACGAUCUCUGGCAAACAAGCCGAGAGAGUGUCGUGUCCUCAUUGCGGGAAAACCAACCAUGAUCCCUCACGUUGUUGGAACGUCAUUGGAUUUCCAGCAAACAGAUUUGGUGGACGGGGACGUGGAAGGGGACGAUCAGGAGGAAGACAUCAACAAGCUCAUGCCAUGCAGACUUGGGAAAGCUCUCAACCAGCCGUAGCAUCCUAUCAAGGUGAUGCACUUCAACAAGCUGCAGCAGCAGCUUCUUACCAGAAUAAUGUGCCCCUGCAGGUCACAGCGAAUUCAAUGUUGACACCUGAAAUUAUGAACAAGCUCAUUGCCUUGGUUGAACAGCCAUCCAAUGAUAAAUUGUCUGGUAAGAUUACACACUUUCAAUGGCUUAUUGAUAGCGGAGCCUCUCGCCACAUGACGGGAUCCUUGAAUUUGUUGACUAAAAUUAGAAAGAUUAAUCAUUUGUCCGUCACUUUACCAAACGGAUCUGUUACUCUUGCAGAAAAAGAAGGAACAAUGAUGUUUAAUGCACAAUUCAAACUAUCCAAUGUGUUAUAUGUUCCCCAAUUGAGAUGCAAUCUGAUUUCUGUUUCACAGCUAUUGCGAAAUAAUAGCAGGAUGGUAACCUUUACUGAUAAAAAUUGCCUUUUGCAGGACCAAAUACUGAAGAGGGAGAUUGGUUUGGGUGAGCUCAAGGAAGGAGUGUAUGUGUUUCAGCCCAAGCAUGCUUCGGCUUCAGCAGUUCGAGCAGAAGAAUUAUGGAGCUGUGGCAUAGUAGACUAG